AUGAGAAAAAUUACGAUCGCAGAUUUCAAGGGGGAUGCAUUCAAUCCAAUGACAGUGAUUGAAUGCAUUUCCGAAUUUGAUAUACGAAACACAGAAAAGGCAUUGUCUGAAAUAUCAGAUGGGAACUUCGAGCUUGACUCGCUCAAAGAAGCAAUCUUCUUCAAAAAGGAGAAAAUGAAACAAAGUCUCAGUGAACAGAAAGAGCAAAUGCUUGAUGAGCUUUGCAAGGAGCUAAAGCACACGCUCAAUGAUAUUGAGCUACAGGAGCCCACAAAUGCAUCCGAAAUUUUGCAGGAAAGAGGAGAGCUUGUUCAGCUAAAAGACGCUUUCAAGAAUAAUGAAGUACAGCCUGAACAUUGA